AUGACCCUCCCCCCCUCCUCCACCAUCGUCCUCACAGGCGCAAACGGCUACAUGGCAAGCCACAUCGCAACCCAACUCCUCCUCCAAGGCCACCACGUCCGCGGCACAGUCCGCUCCCCCUCCAAAACAGCAUGGCUAGCCUCCCACUUCGAAUCCACCUACGGCCCCGGGAAAUUCACCCUCCACGAAGUGUCUGACGUCGAGAAGGACGGGGCGUUUGAUAGCGUUGUCGAUGGCGCCGACGCAGUAAUCCACACCCUAGCAAUAAUGAACUUCUCCCCCAACGGCCCAACCCCCCAAGAAACAAUAACCUCAAACGUAAACGCAACCCUCUCCGUCCUCCGCUCCGCAGCCCGCUUCGCCGCUCCCUCGGCAGACAAACCCGGCGUGAAACGCUUCGUCUACACCUCCUCCUCCUCCGGCGCAGCCGCCAUGCCCCGCCCCGGGACCCCGUACACCGUCGACGCAACCCCGUACAACCACCAAGCCGUAGUCAUCGCGCUCUCCGGAAAGGGACCCACGGGCAUGGCGGGCGGGUACAUCACCUACUCCGCCGCAAAGACCAGGGCCGAGCUGGAGUUGUGGAAGUGGUAUGAGGAAGAGAAGCCUGGGUUUGUCUUGAAUUCGAUCGUGCCCAACGCCGCCCUAGGCAAAGUCCUCCUCCCGGAACACCAAGGCUUCCCCACCGCCGUCGGCGCAAUGCGGCCUCUCUGGCAGGGGAACAUCACGCCCGAGUUUGUCGCAAUGUUCCCAGCUCAAUGGUACUGCGAUGUCAUCGAUAUAGCUCGAAUCCACGUCGCAGCACUCCUCCUCGCAGAUGUCCAGUCCGAACGCCUCAUCGCCUAUGCUGGCAAAUUCAAUAUCAAUGACCUCCUAGCUGCCUUCCGCCAAAUCCAACCAGCCCGAAAAUUCCCCGAUGAUCUUCCCGAUCUCCCCUCUGAUAAAGGCACUAUUGCCAACGAAAGAGCCACUAAGCUAAUGGAACGUCUUCAGGGCGGCUAG